AUGGAAGAUCCCGUCGUAACAGCCUGCUGCAACAAGAAUGUUUGCCGGGAAUGCGCGUUCAAGCAAAUCGGCUUUGACAGGGAAUGCUCUCUUUGUUCCAAGUUUUUCCCUCUUGACAAAGAACCUUAUCCCGCGUCAAAGUUCUUUCUGAAGAUGAUGAAUGCGCGAGCUGUUCAAUGCACUGAUAGCGAAUGCAAGGUGGAAAUGAAAUAUGAAGAUUUCGCCGCUCACUUGGAAAAAUCUUGUAAACGAAUUGUCAGAUGCUGUUUUUGCCGCGUGCGCCAUCGAGUGGUUGAUAGUCAUAUUUGCGAAGCGAAAUUUCGCAUAAAAAAAGAAGAGUUGAAGAAAAAGCUGGAGGAUCAGAACGAGCAGUACAAGAAAUUAAUGGCACAACAACGAACGAUCUUUUAUAAUAUGGGCGGCUAUCCUGAAGACAACAUGCCAGAAAAUAUCGAGGACUUCGACAUGUUUUUCGACAACCUCAGAAUGCCAUGGCAGCCAUGGUGA